CACACAGCAGCCGUGGGAGAAACCCGCAGCGCUUGCACCAGCUCAGCACACCCAUCAUUUGACCCCCGGGAACUGCACCGGAGUGUGAGCCUGUAGCCAGACACCUUGGCUCCGUCUACACAGCGAAACCCUACACCAGGGACUCACACUUCGGCCUGCCACACACUCCAGAUUCCUGCUCAGGGGCACUAACAAGAGCUGGCUAGAGACGUCCCACCUCGGGCGCUGACAACGCCCCCCACAAGCUUCAGAACCGAGCUCCAGCCUGAGCCACAAUGCCCAUGGGGCUAUUUUUAAUGCCAGGGAUGAGCCCUGCAAGCCCAUGUCUGUAGACCCGGCUUCUGAGGCUCACUGUUGCGGGUUGUUGUUUUUUGCUGUGUAGACAAACCCCUUGAAUAUUCCUCCAGCAUUAAACAAAGUCUAGGUUUGGGUAUACAGAACACUCAGCCUGCUUAGUAUCGUGGUAAACAGAGCAUUAAAUAUCCUUUCAAUUGUUUGUUAACAAUAGAGAGAAGAAGGAAAAAAGUUAAAGCAUUUGAAAUGUAAAGUAUUAAGUAAGGCUUUCAUUUUAACAACAUGCCUUGUUCAUUUCUCGUUAGCUGGAGAAUGUUGUUAGAAGGGAAAGCCCUUGUUUGACAGUCUCUUAGAAAGAUGGUAUCAAAGAUGGUAAUAAGUGUCCUUCAGGGAAAAAGAGAAGUUAGUUGCCAUGGGCUGGAGCUGUUGCUGCUGCUAACAUCUGAUCCUGUUUCAUCUCAGGUGGUGGUUGGAGUUCAGCUGGAACCAGUCGGGGUGGCAAAGUCAUCUGAAGCCCUCUCUCUGGCCUGUCUGAUCGGGACAUUGCUCAGGAUCAGGGUGACGAAGGCCCAGGGUCCCAGGAAACGAAAUGGGAACAGCCUCUCCCUGGGGAAGGUGAAAAGCCGGAAGCCUAGAUGGGCAGUCCGGGCCUCUGAGAUGUCCAAGAAGACUUUCAAUCCCAUCCGAGCCAUCGUGGACACUAUGAAAGUGGAACCCAACCCAAACAAGCCCAUGAUCUCCUUGUCCCUAGGUGACCCAACGGUAUUUGGAAACCUCCCCACUGAUGAUGAGGUCAUCCAGGCUGUGAAGGAGGCCCUGGACUCAGGGAACUACAAUGGAUAUGCUCCUUCAGUUGGGUACCAGUCUUGCCGGCAAGUGGUUGCUGCGUAUUAUAGCUGCCCCGAAGCACCUCUGGAAGCUCAGGACGUUAUCUUGACGAGUGGCUGCAGCCAGGCUAUCGAACUUGCAUUAGCCGUGCUGGCUAAUCCAGGGCAGAACAUCCUGGUGCCAAGACCUGGCUUCUCUCUCUACAAGACCCUUGCACUCUCCAUGGGGAUUGAGGUCAAAUUCUACAACCUCUUGCCUGAGAAAUCCUGGGAAAUUGACUUGAAGCACUUGGAGUCGCUGGUGGAUGCGAAGACGGCCUGUCUCAUUGUGAACAACCCAUCUAACCCCUGCGGCUCCGUAUUCAGCAAGAGCCAUCUCCAGAAAAUCCUGGCUGUGGCCUCGAGACAAUGUGUCCCCAUCCUAGCUGAUGAAAUCUAUGGAGACAUGGUGUUUGCAGAGUGCAAGUAUGAGCCCAUAGCAACUCUCAGCACCAACGUGCCGAUCCUGUCCUGCGGAGGCCUGGCCAAGCGUUGGCUGGUCCCAGGCUGGAGGAUGGGAUGGAUCCUGGUUAAUGAUCGGAGAGACAUCUUUGGGAAUGAGAUCAGGGAUGGCCUUGUAAGCUUGAGUCAAAGGAUCCUGGGACCCUGCACAAUUGUCCAGGGGGCACUGGAACACAUCAUCCACCGAACACCUCCAGAGUUUUACCACAACACCCUCAGCUUCCUCAAGUCCAAUGCUGACCUUUGCUACGCUGCCCUGUCUGCCGUCUCUGGACUCCAGCCUGUCCGGCCCUCGGGGGCCAUGUACCUCAUGGUUGGAAUUGAAAUGGAGCAUUUCCCCAAGUUUGAGAAUGACGUGGAGUUCACCAAGCAGCUGAUCUCAGAGCAGUCAGUCUUCUGCCUGCCGGCCUCGUGCUUUGAGUACCCCAAUUUCUUCCGGGUGGUGCUAACGGUGCCCGAGGAGAUGAUGGUGGAGGCCUGCAGUCGCAUCCAGGAGUUCUGUGAGAGGCACUACCAGGGCAACGAGGGGGCCCAGGACCUGGAAUGUGACAAGUAGACAGGAGUGCCCUCCACUCUGCCUCCGCCUAGCCACCCCAUAAAUGAUGCAGCAGUGGGCAGGGCAGGGCUGCCCUCAAGUCAGCACCUAUAUCCAAUGCAACUGGAGCAGGCCACCACCCUGCAGAGCUUCUGCAUGUUCCCUGGGCUCCUGGGAACCAGCAGCCAUCAUUCGAUCCUGCUCACAAACCCUCAGGCACCCACUGUCCCACUACCCGCCAGGAGCCCAUGCUCUGGUCUGUGUCAGUGAACCGCAGCACCCUUCAUACAGGGUCUACAGCUUCCACUCAGGCAGGCAGUCGUAGCAUGCAGGAGCCGUCACUCAGCUGCUCGGUUUGAGGGUCUCUGUUGUUGCAGGGCAGUAGCUGGGAGACCCCAGGCUGAAUGCAAGAUGACAACUUCUAAUUCCCUUCACUAGCAGUUACAUUGGAUGCUGAGCUGGACUCUUCCACUGACAGAGCCAUGCAUGGAAAGAGGGCUGUGUCGGAGCAGAGUUCUCAGCCUCUUUCUGGCUGGAGCAGGACUGGACAGUCUGGUGUACAUGUGGCAUGAUGGACCCUUAUCUGUCUACACCACAGAAUGUCACUGACUGUACCUGAUGUCUCCCCUUUACGUUGUCUAAGGAGCAGGAGCUCUGUGUAUUCAGCCCUUGGUGUUGCAAAGGGCAUAAAUUAUUGUAACUUUUUUAUUAAUAAAUGUUCGGAUAUGCCUGGCCUUGUGCUGUGA